AUGCCGGGGACCCGCGGGCGUCUCUCCUCGCCGCUCCUGGCGCUGGCGGCCGCGCUGCUGCUGCUACUGCAGCCGCCGCCGCUGAGGGGGCGGCUGCUCCCCGCCGCCGCCGCCGCGGCCUCGCUCAGCCGCCCCGAGCCGGAGCCGCAGCGGGCGGCGCUGCCGGGAGUCCUCAACAGGACUGUUCUGAAGAGCCUGAAGCGCGUUCCUGUAGCAGCCUCAGGCCCUGUGCUGGGAACUCCCAGGGCAGGCAGCAGCCUGGCUCCUGGAAGAUCUGUGUUUACACUAAAAGUUCAAGUAAAUGAUAUCAUUAGUCAUCAGUACCUGCGACAAGCAAUUGUAGAAGUGUUUGUUAAUUAUACGAAGACAAAUUCUACUCUUACUGGAAACAAUGGAGCAGUAUUAUUAAAAGUUCCUUAUAAAUUAGGCUUAAGUUUAACUAUUGCAUCAUACAAGGAUGGCUACCUGUUAACACCUUUGCCUUGGAAGACUGGGAAAAUGCCAAUAUACUCGUCUGUGACACUUUCAUUAUUCCCACAAAGUCAAGCUAAUAUAUGGCUGUUUGAAGAUACUGUUUUAAUUACUGGAAAAUUGUCUGAUGCUAAAUCUCAACCAAGUGUUCAGUUUGCGAAAUUUUUAAUGAAACUUCCAACAGAUCAACAUAUCACAAACGUUACAGCCUAUCUGACAGUGCCAGAGCAAUUUUUAAAAGUGGACAGCUUUCUCUACACAACAGGAAUUCUUCUAAAUAAAUCAGGUUUCAAAAGUAUUGAACUGACUCCUCUUGCUGCAAUAUGUGUAAAUGUUCUUUUGGCUGGGAAAGAACUGAAAGUGAAUGGUCCUAUUCAUAUUACACUCCCUCUUCCUACAAGUACUGUAAAAUCAGGAGAUGCUAUUCCUUCGUGGACAUUUGAUAUGAAAACUGGUGCUUGGGUAAACCGUGGGCUGGGAAUGGUAAAGGAAGUAAAUGAUCAAUUAGUAUGGACCUAUGUUGCUCCACACUUAGGCUACUGGAUAGCAGCUCCACUGCCUGGAACAAGAGAAUCCAUUAUUAGUGCGGUUUCCAAGGACAUAACAGCCUAUCACACAGUGUUUCUUACAGCCAUUUUGGGAGGUACUGUUGUCAUUAUCGUUGGAUUUUUUGCUGUUCUUCUCUGUUACUGCAGGGACAAUUUUGGUUGCACACAAAAGAAGGAAAAAAAUACAACUAGGCUGGAGGUCAUAAAAAAAGACCAGACAACAUCAACAACUCACAUAAAUCACACCAGUGUUGUCAAGGGGUCUUUAAAGCUAGAAGAUAAGUCACAGUUAUAUGCACCGAAGAUUUCUUCAUACAGCCCGCAAACACAGGCAUCUGCAGAAACAGAAGAUGGAAAAUCAAGGGACAAUUUUAACAUCUACACAGAGGAUGCUUCUUAUCAGUCAUCCUGUCAAACUAGUCAGUCCAGAAAUGCAACCCAUGCCUUGGAGCCUAAUGCUGGAGUUAGACACUUACAGCAGCCAAAGCAUAUCAACAGUAUUUCCCGGGCUGCAAAGGACAUUCAAGACCAAAACAGAUACCUUCCACUGAAAGAGGAAAUGUAUGGCAUUUCCCAUAUUCCAGAACAUCUAAUGCAUAUUUACAAUCACCCGAUUGCUGUUCUUCAAACCUCUGACCUUUUCCACUCACCAGAACAAAUGCAUGCUGCUAAAUCAGCAACUUUGCCAAGAAAAGGGCAGUUAGUAUACAGCCCCAUGAUGGAACCCAUGAAUCGAGACAGCUACAUGCAAACGCUACCCAAAAUGCCAGGACAUUCUCACCCACAGCCUUCUGUCUGCAGAGAUGAAAAAAGCACAUUAGAUGGUCAACAGUGCUUAUCCUCUCAAACAUCAAACUGGAGCCGGUACACUAAUAGCUUACUGGAAUCUGUCUCUGUUCCUGGGACACUGAAUGAAGCAGUUGUAAUGACUCCAUUUUCGUCUGAACUUCAAGGUAUUUCAGAACAAACAUUACUGGAACUCUCUAAAGGAAAACCAUCUCCACACCCUCGAGCAUGGUUUGUGUCCCUAGAUGGAAAACCAAUAGCUCAGGUGAGACAUUCCUUUAUAGAUCUGAAAAAGGGCAGAAAAACAGAGAGUAAUGACACUAGUCUGGACUCUGGUGUGGACAUGAAUGAGCAUCAUCCUGGUAGGAAACUGGAGAGAGAGAAAACUUUCAUUAAAAAUAUGCCUCAUUCUAAGAUCCUGUACUUGGAAGAUCUGGAUUUGAGUAGCAGUGAAAGUGGAACCACUGUUUGCACUCCAGAGGACCAAGCUGUAAGACACAUUCUGGAUGGAGGGAAUGGGCCUGACACAGAACAGCAUGAUGAAGAAGGUCUAAGAAGAAAAGCUGUAACAGGAAAUCGUGAGUCUAGCAUCCCUCUAGCUAAAAAAAGGGAUAGACCACCUAUCACAAAAAGAGAUAGCAAAACCAAUAUUUGGAAGAAGAGAGAGGAAAGACCGCUUAUUCCGAUAAAUUAAAACACAAUGUGCUUUGUGUUGUUGCUCUCCCUGCUGGUUAAUGCCCUCUGGGUUUCAUGUGUAAUUCUGCAGUGUUGGGUUUACAAUAGAAACAUUGUUUUCUAGUGUCAAGAAAAGUUACAUUUUUUUUUAAUAUGCAGACUGAGUUACUAUAAAUUCAACUGAGCAGUUGAUAUUUAGUGUUAUUUGUUAACAGAGAAAUGCUAUGGUUAAAUUUUUUCAGUUCCGACUUUUGCUGACAGUAUAGGGAAGGGCCACGUUUUAAUUAGCCUGUCGUUCUUGGAUGCAUCCCUUGGAAUGCACAGUGAGAAAUGUAGGCACAUCUUAAGUUUUUUAUACUUCUUGCGAAUGUGUUGGUAGAGUGGUUAAUGCCAUUUCCCAGCCUUGUUCCUAAUAAACGUGACCAUCUGUACAGUAUUUUAUAUGUGAUCUUUUGUAAGGAUAUGUCACUACCACUUUAUACAAAGUUUCAUAAAUUAGUCUCAAGACACCAGCAGAUGAGCUCUGUUGGAUUUAUCAGCAAGCUCUACAGGAGUACUGCCCUCUGUGUGCCCCCCAACGUGCGAAAGGUUGCUGCUGUUCCCUACAGUGGUGGCAGAAGAAGUGUACAAGUUCUGUGGCCACUGCUGUUCACAGUCCCUGCUGUCUUAACUUAAAAUGUUACCCUUUCAGUUUAACCUGCUUUGUUGCGAACUGCGGAUGUCGAAGAUCAGCAUCUGCUAUGAUGUGUCUGCCUCCAGCAGAAGAGGACUGCUGCUACUUCUGCUUCCAGUGGGCUUGUUUUGGCUUCAUUACCAGUAUCUUCUGUUUUGCAUGCUGUUGAGCCAGUUGUGCUCUGAAUCAUAGUCUUCGACUCCUGCAGAUUUAUAAGUUAAGGUAGAGUGUGGCCCAUAAUGAAAAAGUACGCAAGUUUAGACAAAUUACGCUUUUGAAAUAGAUUUCUGUAAUGGGAAAGAUCAUCGUUGUUGCUUUUUAUUUUAUGUUUAAAAAAAUGGAAGAUCAUCAGAGGUUUAUGUGCCUACAUUUUGCCAGCCUGAGCUACUUUUGUCCUAGGCUGUGCAUCACAGAGGGGUUAAACAGACUUUUAUGGAAUUUUUAAAAUGAGCAUGAGGAAGCGGAUCUCGAAACGUGGUCUGUAACACAAAAUAAAUACUGCUUAUAACUCAUCUUGGAGUUAAAUGAUACCAAAAGUCAUGAAUGCAUGAUAUGUAACUAAGAUAUGUACAGAGGAAGGAAAAGGCCAUCAGAAUAAUCUUUAUUUUUAAUGUUCAUCUUGUCAAAGUGAUAGAUUCAAAUUUGGCUAACAGAAAAGUAAACAUGCUCCUUAAUGUGCUUUGUAUAGUAGUAUAGUCUUUCUGUGGCUUUUAGGCUACUUUCCUGAUGAAAUAAGUCCCAGCAUUUUGGCUUUGGCAGUUUGAUUAUAAAUAUUUCCUGAAUAAUCUAUAGUGCUUAAGGUUCUAUACUAAGACCCAAACAUCCUAUGCCUGUUCCUAAAUUCAGGGGUCAGGUGCACUCCAUGGUCUGCCCUGCAGUACUGAUGCACCUGCCCCAUUAUUUGCCAUUAAUUAACACACUGUGGCUCUCUCUGUGCCCAUACUUCAGGAUUUCUUUCCACAGAAAAGCUGGGCAUGCAAGGAGAAGAAAACGCGUAUCUAGAUCCAGCCCGAACUUGCAGUCAGGAUGUGGCAAAAGGUGGCACUCAAGAGUGGGGAAAUACCCUGUGCAGCUGGGCUUCUGGGAGCAUUCACUCAGGAGACACUGCUGUUAAACAGGCCUGUUCUUCUGGGGUUGUCUGGAACUGUUUCUAGAGUAUGCGAAGUAACCUGGAUGGUAAUAGCAGCACAUUUGAAUGUCUGACUUUCUCUAGUACCCAGUUGCUUCGUGAUGAUAUUUCUGUUGAGUUCACAAAUGUGAAAGUGCAAAGUAAGUUAGAGGUGUGUGCAACUAAAUCUGUAAUUUUGUUUUGCCAAAAGAAUUGGGUUUAAUUAUACAAUUCAUCUUCUUUAGAGAUAAGGAUGGCUUGCCAGAUUAGCAUACCUUAGGUACUAAUUUUUAGUUAACUAAUUCAUUAUUCCUCUACAGAAUGUGUUUUUACAAUAGAUAUUUAUUCAGUGCCAUCGGGUUUUGUCUUACUUUAGCACCCCAUACAGUGCUGUUUUUAUCCUUUGCUUUGUUACAUAUAUUAGGAGUCUGUUAAAUUUUGAAUAUAGGCACACAUUUAGGCUGAAAGAUUAUUUGACUUUAAUGUUUAGAAUUCCCUUCUCUUAGAGUUGCUUCACUUCUGAUGAGUCCCUUUUCCAAAAGCCAAAAAAGAAUACUAUAUAUUCUGUGAAACAAACAGAAAAUCCCUGCCAAGCUAAAUGGUUU